AUGUGGAUAAAUACACGUAAAUUCAGUUCCACGGUUACAAAUCGGCCAAGUGUGGCACUCGCGGACUAUGAUAUUUCGGAUAGAAGAUCUUCUGCAAUGUCUUCACUUCUAUUACUAUUUGCUCUAUUCGAGGGUAUGUGUGGUUUUGUUUUACCGAUAUGCUCUGCCUUUCGUGUGUCCAGUAUAUCACAAAAACGAUAUUACUAUGAAAAUUUCCUAAUAUUUCAAUAUUGUUUAUCCAUUCUGGCAUUGGCUUAUCUACAAUCAUUAAUAUUCUAUUAUGAUCGUAAAGAGAAUUUACGUCAUAAACAAGAAAUUGUAUUUAUGAAUCAAAUAAAUGAAGCUAGACGAAGAUGGCCAAAUCAUCAUAGUUCACCAGAAGAAACUGAAAAUAAUCUUAUAAAUAAUCAUAAUACUACUACUAAUACUACUACUAAUAAUAAUAAUAAUAAAUUACGUUUGGUUACAUUUAUUCAUGAUACACAUGAAUUAUCUACUGAUAGUCAUAGUGAUUCGACAGCGAUUCAUAUGGAUUCUACAAAUAUGAAGUAUUUGGAAGAUCGAACACGUUUCAUUGAUCAAUAUGAUGAUAAUAUUAGUUCAAAUGAAGACGAAGAAAAUCCAUUCGAAGAAAACCAUAAAUUGUCAAACAAUAAGUCGAAUCAAAAUGAACAAAAGUCUCCAACUCUAAAUGUUAAAUUUGCUAACUCUGUCACACCUCUGACUAAACAGAAUGACAAUGUCAAUAGCAGUGGGAAUAUUCACAAUAAUAUUAAUGAUAUUGAAAGCAAUAAUAAUAUUGAAGGAGAAGAAGGGGAAGAAAAUAAAAUUAUUAUUGAUUCUAUUAAUGUUAAUAAUCAUGAAAUUAAAACAAAUAAUAAUAAUCGACGGAAUAAAAUGAAUCUACAACUUAGCAGACUAAACAUUUCCAAUGAUAAUAAUAGUCCUAGUAAUAAUGAAUACAAUCAUACCAUUGGUGGUGAAAAUAAUCAUAGUAAUACUACUACUACUACUACUACUACUACUACUACUAAUAAUAAUAAUAAUAAUAAUAAUAGUAACAAUACUGAUAUUAAUGAUUUACAAAUUAUGAGAGCAGAUGAUGUUUAUUUUACUUUAAACAAAGUUAAACUAUGCAACAGUUUCAAUCAUCAUGCCUCUGGCAUAAAGGAUACUAGUGAUGUUAGUCGAAGUGGAUAUAACUCAACAAGGAGGCCAAAUGACAAAAAUAAUUGUUUGGCUGUAAAAGCAAAAAUGUGA